AGCAGGUGCACCCAAGGUGGAUGAUGGCGGAGAUACUGUUGAGACGAAGGACGGUGCAUCGAACAAGCCCAGGGACCAGACGAACCUUGCAGCGGCGAAUAAGGGUGUACUUCAGGGUGAACUUGCCGCUGGGGACGUCUUGCGCCGUAACGAGAAGGGGAACAAUGAGCCCACAACGAAGCGCCAGCGUAGGGGGCAGCGUGGUAAGCACAUGAAGUACACUCAGGCGAAAUCCGAGAGCGAGAGUAGUUCUGAGGAGGAUUCUGGCGAAUCUUCAGGCAGCGAGGAGGUUUAUGAGGAAUACGUGGACGAGAGUGAGGAGGUCGAGCUCGAGCCUGAGAGUGAUGAUGAGGGAAGACAGGUUAGUCGGCGGGGUGGGGUGAGUCGUAGGCACGGCGGCAAGCACAGUAACCGUGCGGAUGGUAAAAAGAAGAGAAGCGGGAAGGGGCAUAACAGGGGUAGCUCCCGUGACCAUGCGCAUGCAAGGCGUGUAGACCGUAAGGAGAGGUUGCGGGUGUCCAUGGACCGUCCACCGCUGAGGCAUGAAACCGGUUUUUACAACGAGAUGAGAGCUCUUGAGACGGCGAAUGACGGUACACUGGAGGAGCGUAAGGAGAGACCUUGGCUAGCUGGCAGCAACCACGGGGCUGCCGAAACUGGGGAGCAUGGCGUCUGGGCAAAUGCAGCUGGAGACUAUGCUGGCCAGAAUGACGAAGCAGCCCACCAAGGCCCUGGUAGCAGUCCUGCUGGUGUAGCCUCGCUGCAGCCCCAGUCCAAACCCUCCUCAGCAGCUGACAAGGAGGGCAACCGAAGCCGUCUUGGUGCCCACAACUUUGGCACUAGUGAUGCUCUUGGUUGUGAUGCAUCGUUCCACUUUGAUGUCUCCAGGGACCGCCUCUGCAUGGACGCCCCGGAUGCUGCCCUCAACUUCUACCCCACGCAUGACUUGCGUGAGCAAGUUCUGCAUGGGGUAAUUUCCGAGGGUUACAUAGUUUCCUUCAUCCAGUUUAAGGAGACAAUGAAGGACCAGAAGCUCGUCGACCGUUUCAAGCGUGCGUAUACACAGUGGAAGAACGAGCGAGCAUUUCAGAUCAAGCGCUCGGUGCUCGAAUCCUUCGGAGUUCCUGUGGAGGGUCUGCGAGCCGCGGAAAUCUACUUGGAAGUCGGGCUCAAGGCUGACCUGUGGGCUGACUUCUCACCAAAGGCAAACCAACCCCUUAGCACUUGGGGCUUGGAUGAGGAGAGCGGCAUGUCAUUCGCCAACAAGCGCUUCUGGGAUGCUGCAUGGGCAGCGUUCCGUGACUACUCCAGUGAUGGCAAGCUCUGUUUGAAGGCUUACCACAUUGCGUGGAUUAUCAUGGUGGUGGACUAUGGCCUGUCCAAGGUAAAGAAGUCCACCAUGAAUCUCUCAAACUCCCACCGAAAGAACACGAGGGCAGAGAAGGCAGGGCAGAGAAGGCAGGGCAGAGAAGGCAGGGCAGAGGAGGCAGGGCAGAGAAGGCAGGGCAGAGAAGGCAGGGCAGAGAAGGCAGGGCAGAGAAGGCUUGGCAGAGAAGACAGGGCAGAGGAGGAGAGGAGGCAAGCGAGCGAAGGCAUGGUGGAGGAGGCAGUAGUCAAUGGCACCAUCAGGAGGGCAGUCCAGAAAGCAGUCAGAGAUCAGUCAACAUAGCAGUCAGAGAUCAGUCAAGGGAGCAGUAAGAGAUCAGUCAGGGGAGCAGUGAAGGGAGCAGUCAGAGGACCAGUGAAGGGAGCAGUCAUAGGACCAGUGAAGGGAGCAGUCAAGGGAGCAGUGAAGGGAUCAGUCAGGGGAGCACUGAACGGACCACUCAGGGGAGCAGUCAGGGGAGCAGUCAAGGGGCCAACCAAGGGUGGGCAAGGGAGGAGGCACGGCAGUGGGCGAGGGAGGAGGCACGGCAGUGGGCAAGGGAGGAGGCACGGCAGUGGGCAAGGGAGGAGUAUCGUACAGCAGCAGCAACCUAGGGCGGAGCCUAUAAAGCAGCCUGGAGAGGAGCCUAGAGUAGUAUCCUAGAUAGGAGCCUGGAGCAGAGCCUAGAGCAGCAGCCUAAAAUUGCAGCAGCCAUCAAAGGCCACUGGAAUCAUGAUUGGUGUCAGUGGUGAAAUCAAAGGGCAUACUUUGGCCCUGGAGCAGAUUGGGGAGGAGGAAGGCUAGACUACGAGGGCUGAGACUGAGUGCAUAUUAAUGUUGCAUUUAAACUUGUCAUUGUAAUAUUAAGCUGUCAUUGAACCUGAGGAUGGAGGAUGGCCGUAUGGGGAUUGGAGGAAGCCUGUAUGGGGAGCGGUGUGGUCAUGUGUUGGGGUUUAGGGUGCUACUUGCAUCGUGUGGUGUAAACAAAAGCCAUGACAUUAG